CGGAGGAGGGGGCGGCGUUUUAUUAUUAGCAGAGGCAAAUUGAAUUGAAUGGCACCGGUUCUCAUUAGCUGCAGCCGUAGCCAUAGCAUUCCGUUCCUCCCUCCUCGGUAGAUUCGUCUCGUCGCCUUCCUCCUCCCUGUGCCUCUCUCUCCCUGCAUGGAGCCAGGCGCGCCGUGGCGCGAUCCGCGCCAGGGGUACGCCUACGGGCUCGGAUCGGCGAUGCAGAUUCCGCUGCAGCAGCCGCGGUCCGACGCGAUCGCCGCGGGUGGGGUGCUCAAGAGGAGUCUCGGCGAGCUGGAGAGGUGGCCGCACCAGCAGGUGGCGGCGCAGCAGGCGCUCUACCUGCGCACCGUGAGGCAGCGCUCGGCUGCCGCGGCGGACAUCACCGCCUUGCUAGGUGGGACCCCGUCUCAGCCUUUGGUUCUCCCCCGGUCCAGUUUUGGAGGGGCCCUCGCGUCGCCGUCGUCGACGCUGUCGUCUCUCACGACCGCGUCCAGGACGGUGGUGCCGCUGAUGCAGCUGCAGCUGCAGCGGCAGGUGCCGCUCGUGACGGCCUCACCGCAGACGCAGGCCCUCGGUGUGUCGAGGGCGCCGCCUCCGCCGGCAGCGUCGAGCGAGCUGUUCAUUUUGCAGGAGCUGGAGAAGCAGCUGCUGGGUGACGACGACGAGCCGCUAGCGGCGAUGAGCGGGACGGGCUCCGCGGUGACCAACUCCGAGUUGGAGGAGACGAUACAGCAGCUCAACUCCAUCACCGCCGCGCCGUCGCCUGGGGUCCCUGCAGCGGCGACUCCAAACAACAACACCAACGCGGGGAUGACGAGGUCGCCUUCCAACUCGUCCUCCUCCACGGCGUCUUCGUCCGCAUCUUGCUCGCCGCCGACCCCGGGGACCGCAUCGCGGCAGCUACUGUUCGAAUCCGCGGUUGCUAUCGCCGACGGCAACCAAGAAACGGCGGCCAUUCAUCUGGCCGCCCUCAAACUUUCGGCCAACCAGCGCGGUGACCCGGAGCAGCGGCUGAUUGCCAUGAUGGUGGCCGCCCUGUCCUCCCGCAUUGCCCCAGCUGCCUCCGCCCCAGCUCAACACCUCGCCGAGCUCUGCGGCGCCGAGCAGCGCGCCGGGUCCCAACUCCUACACGACAUCUCCCCCUGCUUCCGCCUGGCCCUCCACACCGCCAGCGUCGCCAUCGUCGAAGCAGUCGGCGACCACCGCGCCAUCCACCUCGUCGACUUCGACGUCAGCGCCCCGCAGCACGCGGCUCUCAUACGGUAUCUCGCUGAUCGCCGCGUGCCGGGCACCUCCCUCAAGACCACCGCCGUCACCGACCCGACCUCACCGUUCACGCAGCCUCUAACUGCAACGCUCCUCGCCAUCGGGGAGCGGCUCAAGAAGCUGGCGGAGCGAGCCGGCAUAGAGUACCGCUUUAAAGUGGUCAGCUGCAGAGCUGCAGAGCUGGAUGCAUCCAAACUGGGCUGCGAACCUGAGGAGGCACUGGCAGUCAACCUUGCCUUUGCGCUCUCGCAUGUGCCCGACGAGAGCGUAUCUCCGGCGAAUCCACGCGACGAGCUCCUCCGACGCGUGCGCGCGCUGGGCCCGCAGGUGGUGACUCUCGUCGAGCAGGAGCUGAACACGAACACGGCCCCGCUGGCCGCGCGCUUCUCGGACGUAUGCGCGCACUACGGCGCCAUCCUGGAGUCGCUGGACGCGACGCUGGGGCGGGAGAGCGCGGAGAGGGCCCGCGCCGAGGCGGCCCUGGCGAAGAAGGCGUCGAACGCGGUGGGGCGGGAGGGCCCCGACCGGCUGGAGCGGUGCGAGGUCUUCGGCAAGUGGCGCGCACGGUUCGGCAUGGCGGGCUUCCGGCCGGUGGCGCUCGGUCCGGGCAUUGCGGACCAGGUCGUGGCCCGCGUCGGCCCGGCGCCGCCCUUGUUCACCGUGAAGGCGGAGAACGGCGUGCUCCGGAUCGGGUGGAUGGGGCGCGUGGUGACCGUCGCCUCCGCCUGGCGCUAGACCGGUGAGGCCGCCCCGCCGGCCCUCGCCAUUAUUACCGUCACCAAAUCGCCAGUUACCUAAUUCGCGCUUAUUCUUUUACCUUAUUUCACGUUCUCUUUUUUAUCUCCUUUGGUGAGGGGUGAUGGGUUUGUUAUUGAUCUGCUAAAAGCUUAGCUGUAGUGGCUCGUAAUUCUUGGUAACUGCUCGUAUAGUAGUAUAUGGAAAAGAGAAAGUUAUAUCGC